GACGACUCCGGCUAGGUAGGUGCUCGACCCGGACGCAGUUGGGAGAAAACAAGCGGCAGGCAGCCCGCCGUUCCCGCGUAACGUGGGCUUUUCUCUGUCGAGUUUCGGCGAGUGAGAGAGAUCGCGCGGCGAGAACCGAGGGGCGUACGAGUGCCGAGAGUCGUAGCGUGGUUCUCGCGACGGUCAUGGCGCGAAGGUGAAGGUGCUCACGGUGAUCGCCCGAGGUGAGACUUUGAGCGAUGGUGACGCGAGACUCGGGCGCAGCGGAUAUGAUAGCGCGAAAAAAAAACUGACGUUCGAUAAUACGGCGCGCGUUAAGUUCGUUGAACCCUUUCGCGGGAUCUCCGGGUGUUGCGGUUGAUGCGAGUCAAGUGUGCACUUGAGAGUGUGUUGCAUCCGCGAUCGCCCGCUGCGGAGGGUGAUGAUGCGCGUCGACUAAUUACGCGCGGAUUCCGUACUCCACGCGUAUCGCAUCAGCGCCGCGUUCUUUCUUCGUGUCAGCGUUAUAUUAUCGUUGUAUCGUGAUAUUCGCAAAAGGGAACUGUUGUUGUGUAUCCCCCCCCCGCCCCUCCAUAAAGACCGUCCUCAAUAUCUCUGUCCGUUCAUCGCGUGCAAGUUCGUUCUACGUGUAUUUCUGUGUUGUUUCCGGUGCAGCUGUGGUGCUGAGAAAGAUUGCGACAGCUGGAUGUUUGAAGAGAGAGUGCACAUCGCUCUUCGUAUAGUGCAGUGUGUUUAGGAGCUUUUAAAUCGCCGAUUGCAUGUGGGUCACGAGUUGCAUUCGUUCCGGCUAACGAGAUAGAAGGUUCGCCGAGCUAAGAGGAAGAAAAUGUGGAGCUCGGUUACCGCGGCUGGCACUGAAAACGGGCCAGCACCACCUUCGAGGAGCAAGCACAGUGCCACCUUACUUGCCGGUCACGUAUACCUUCUCGGUGGUCGAAAUGGAAACCUACCUCUCAAAGAUCUCUGGCGAUACAGCCUUGCGGAGAGCAAGUGGGAGGAAUUGCAUCCUGGUGGUGAAAGACCGCCGGCUCUUCAGGAACACAGCGCGGUUGCGUACAAGGAUUGCCUCUACGUUUUCGGCGGCGAACUGGGCUUCUCUGCCGGAACGGAAACGCCACUCUGGGUUUAUAACGUCAAGACAAAUAUAUGGAGAAAGGUGAGAUCUCAACGGGGUUGCGUGGUUCCUAGAGGUCGGAGAGGUCACACCGCCUUGGUACACCGCGGACAAAUGCUCAUAUACGGUGGCUACCAAGACUUACGUGGAAGCUCCUCUGAACUGUGGGCUUUCCAUUUUGAAACUGAAUCUUGGCAUCUGCUUUCGUCGAGCGAAAGUGGGCCGGCUGCGAGACACAAGCAUUCAGCAGUUUUGCACGGUGAUGCGAUGUAUAUUUACGGCGGGAUGACGGACCUUCAAGAAAGAAACGACUGCUGGCGAUGGGACGUUAAUAGCGCUUCGUGGUCCAUGCUGAAGAACAAACCAGGUCCCGGACCUCUCCACGGCCACGCGGCGUGCAGGCUGCCAAGUUGUAUGCUCAUCUUUGGCGGGGAGAGUGGCGGUUUGGCAACAAACGAGCUUUGGAGAUUUCAUUUUGGCACAGAAACCUGGGAGAAGCUAACUGUAUCAGGUCCAAAACCGCAGCCGAGAGCUGAAAGCGUCGCUCUCGCAGUGUCCGAAUUGCUGAUUCGAGGAACAUGCAUAGACAAUUCAAAACCGAGGCUGAGAAGCCAAAGGCCUAGGCUCGCGAGCAACAGAGUAUCGCCAAACGAGGCACCCUCCGCCAGACCCAGCUUUCUCAGGGAAAUUUCGAAGUUAUCGCAAAUAAAUCUGUCGAGACUCAGUCAUCCGACAAAGUGCAGUUAUUCAGUUCUCAGCGGGCAUGACGAUAAUGAAGAAAGCCCCCAGGAGGCCUGCGUGCAGGCAAAUACGUAUUAUCCAUUUCAGCAAGUGGACGUUGAAGUGAUCGAGCCAUCCACGGGAAUGGUAAAAUCUCGUAGUGCCAACACGCUGGCCCGCCGAAGACAGAAAGCAUCGGAGGGAUUAGUGAGGACUGUUGACGUUAACAAUACUAGCAAUACUUCUGGUAUGACCAGAGAUCCUAUUUCGGUGCCAAACUUUCGUGCUUUGACGUUACCAACUCCUGUUCUCACGCCUGUAGAGGCUGCCAGAUUGGUCUUCGUUGACCCGGAUGAGAACAGCGAUAAUGAAGAGCGUAAGGAGCCGCCCACGUCGAGACUGAUCGAGGUUCAAGAGGAAAGACGAGAUUUCGCAGCGGUGCACCAAGCAUGUCAGCCCACCCGCGGUGAAAGUUACAGCUCACAUCUUUACGAAGCCGCUCUGCAAACGCCAAAAACUCCGACGGCGACGAAAAUCCCUACUUCCGCUUCCGUUCGAUUUGCCGAUCUCGAGGAGGGCGAGGAAUCGACAUCGGAUUAUGCGAGUAUCGAGGCGAGGAGUCCAGGCGACCCGCUCGCGGAAGAUGACUGGGUGUCCGGAAGAAGAUCGAAGCCGCACAGGCCAAUUGUCUCUUCGUCGACGAUACGAGAGGGCCAAUUUGGUUUCUGUAAUCCGAACUACCUUGGACUAGACGAAACGAAAUCAAGUCACCAUCACCAUCAUCAUCAUCAUCAUCAACAACAAGAUGGAAAAUAUGCCAAGUUGCUCAACAGUCCGCCCGAUAGCGUACUGGAGGAUGAACCUGGAAGAUCGGCUUCACAGACAUUCGCGGAGCUCUUGGAGCUUCAGGAGAUCAGGAGGGUGCCCCGAGCGCCACCAAAGAGCUUGCCGUUGGGUUCGCCGUCGAGAAGAGCGGUGAGCGCGUCGAGGGCCGAGAGGCAAAGGGCAAAGGUGGCGGCGGUGGAUGCGACCGACGCUAAAACACCUACCUACGGGCCGGCACCCUUGUACGUUUUUUUGGUCGGCGGCAAAGAAAAGGGUCAAGUCACGGUGUUCGCCAGGCCGGUAUCUCUUUGGAAGCUACAGCUGGCGCCGCAUAUCUUCUAAGGAUGAUUGAUGGUCUACUUUAGCUGAGUCAUCCGCGCACUGUUAGUGAUAAGAAGAAGAGAAUAACGAGAGGACUGAUGAUUAAAGGGAAGCGUUCAUGCUGUCCAAUUUUUUCCAAGUUGCUGUGGUGUUUUACAAAUAUUCCUUGAUGGUAAAAUUGAUGCUCGAAGAGAUCGAUUUUUUUUCGACGUUUAUCUUCAUUCAUUUGAUUAUUAACAUUAAAAUUGUUAAUUUUAUAUGUGCGUUCUUCGUUACAGAGCAAAUAUGUCUUUUUUGUAGGAAAUUGAUUGUAAUUGUUGACUUCUUUCGUUCGUUAAAGUUUGUUAGUUGCCUUUACCAUAUGCAUAUCUUCUUUGUUGUAGUUAUCAACGUUGAAACAGAAAUCGGAAGAAAAGUAUUAUCGUGUAAUAUGCCAAAACGUAGCCAUUAUUUCUGACAAAUGCCAUCAAUGUAUCAAUGCGCAAUAUAUAUUUAGAGAAGUACAUUUUAAAUAUAUUAAAUUUUAUCGUGCAGAAAGUAAUCUGUAAUAGUAUAAUCGCUGGUUAGGUGAGAAAUAUAGAAAUCUUCACUUUUUUGUUUUGAUGUGCCGAUAGAUAGAUAAAUAAGUAGAUAAUAAUAAAUACGUAUUUAUAAAAUUAUCAUUAAAUUUAUAGAAAAUUAUUUCGUUGUAUCGUUUCUUUUGCGCAUUUUAUUUCUCAAUUUGUAAUAAUUAUUUUAAAAAUUAUUUUAUUGACAUUUGUUUAUGAUUCCUAAUCAUAAAAAAAUGUAAAAAAAUUACAUCUAGAUUUUUCAUUUCUUCGUGUAAAAGGUUAACAAUCUCUUACGUUUAACUCGGAAACAAACAUGUCAAAUUAAUAUUCCUACUGUACGUGAAACGUGUGUAUUUAAAGUAAAGCCGCGAAACACAUUUGCGAAUCGUGAGUUCAUAUUGAACCGGCCGAUUCAAGUGUUCCCAUUGCAAGUUUUGUAAAAAGAUGAAUGUUUAAAUAGAGGCGCAGAUCAAGUCAGCGAUUGAGAAUUGUACUGAUCUUCAAUAAUAAUUACUGAUAAAUGCGCGAUUGAACAUCGCGCCGCAAUCCUAUAUUUAUUACCGCAUCCGUCUUUCACUUUACAAUACAUAAUUUAUUCAUAGCCUACGAUAAGAUAUUAAUAAGCUCCCCCGAUCGCCCAACUUCGAGUUAUUUGCAGGUAAGCAUCUGCAAAAUCGACUGGCAUGAUCUGCGCUCGACUGCCAUCGAAUGUGAAAAAUUCAAUGUGCGUAAAAUAUGGAAUAAAAUUUAUGUCAGAUGCGUAAAAGCUUAAAAAUAUCAUAGAAGAUACACACGGUAUUUUAUAAUUCGCGUCUAUUAUAUACUGCUAUUCCUUAGGAAUAAGGGUGCGAACUAACUGAACAUUGUUUAAUAAUUAUCUUUCGUUAGAGAAAAAAAAUGCUUCAGGACUUUUUAAUUUUUCCAUUAAGGAAUAGCAUGAAUUAGUGAACGCAAAUUACGAAAUAUCCUAUGUAUCAUUUAAAGAUUACGAUUGAUUCGUGAUUGUUCCAUUACUGACCGAUUCUUCUAUUCUGCAGUAGAUAGAUUUUUAUUAAAAAAUUUUAACUUAUUCCAAUUCGCGCGAGGCAAAUCAAUAGGCUGUAUUUAAUUCUUUAGCAAACCAAAUUUACUGUUCUCAAUGUCUGAAAAACAAUCGAAGAAGAACAUGCAAGAAUUGAUGUCAAGAAUUAAAUAUUGCAUACGCGUACGUGUUGCCGAAGAAUUAGCGAUAAUUUCCAUCCGCCAAUUUACGUGAAGAAAUAAUGCUUCAAACGUGCCAAAACAAUGCUUUGUAUCUUAAGACCGUUCGCUCCCAAAUAUUCGCCCGCUAGCACAGGUGUUCUCUCAGUGCAAUUUGACGAUUUUAAAAUAUGGCAAAUAAAACUUUAAAGUCCGCAAUUGUACACACUAUAUAAAUAUCAUUGUUUACUUCGUAUUGUAUUAAGAUAAACUAACGUAGCAGAGCACAAUUUUUUUUUUAAAUAGCACUCUUUUACAGGGUGCGAGGAUUUGGGAGUCACUGUAAAAAUAUAAAAGAAGGCUUGUGUUCUUAAGAGAGUAUAGUCACUGCUGCUGAUGUCAGACGGGACUCGCGUCGAGCCGCUGCAGAAUCGCGAAUCGAUGAAAUCGAAAGUCUUUACCGUGAUUGUAUCUAUUGUCGUAGUAAGUUAGUUUUUAGUAAGCGUAUUAUAAGUAGAGCAGAGACGAUGGGCGAAGGGAGCUCUCUUGUUCGUGUAGAAUUUUUAUGCCCGUAAAGGCCCAACACAUGUAAUCCAUCCAUAAGUAGCUAAGGUCGACGUGGCUUCUCAAUGGGCUAGAUAUUGAGAGAUGCUUGUAUCAUUGUUCUUUUCAAUCAUGUUCAAUCAUGUUUGAAAUAAUCUCUCUAAUGUUUUGUAAUAUAUUAUUUUAUAUUAAUUAUCAUUAUUUGCCAUGAAACGCAAUAUGAUUCGAUGACAAUUUUUACGAUCGUAUUACCGGGCGAGUGCAAUAAUUUAGAUUACUAUCAAGUCGAGCAAAUAGCGAAUCGAAUCGAUUAAAAAUGAAGAUUUAUUAUAAUAUCUCCUAACUUGCGCAAAGGAAGGGUUAUAUCGCAAACUUUGGGACGUGCAAACGCUGUUAAUUACAAAAGUUUGGUAGAGAUGCAAAGGGUUGCUCAAAGGUGGGGUCACUUUUUAAGCUAAAGUGUCUCCUGAUAUCUAGUCUCGGGCCUCGAAUACCCGAAAAUCAAUGUUUUCCAUUCGUAGAGCUAGUCAAUUACAUUCUCAGUGUACAAAACUUAAGCUAAAUGUUUUCGUACUAUCUCUUUCACUUUUACUGUGCAUUUACCCUCGUAUAGACAUUUCAUCCCUCCUACUCGUCGACAAUUCUUAGCGUUUUUUAGUUUCUUAUGGCUAGUGAGUCAUCCGCAUUAUCAUAAAACAAAAAAUGUUUAUACCUCACAAUAUACAUCUUCAUUCCCAUGAUCAUUCAACCACGAAUAACGAUUUCGUGGACACAUUCCUUCCCACGAUCAUCCAGACAUAAAAACAAAUUACCUGCAAUACGCUAUUUUUCUGGAGAACAGAGACAAGCAACAAAUUUUACAUUACGUAGGAAUCAAACAAGCGGAAAUAAAUGACGUUAGCGUACUCUUUGUAUAAGCUUUGAACGCGCCCGUCGCGGACGUCGAAUUAAAAGAGGCCAAUCCUUCCUAUAGAGCUCCAUAUUUACAGAGCGCAGUAUUUUUUCAGAAACCAAACUUUCGGAUAGGGAGAUGACUCUUGCUCUUAAUUAUUUCUGUAUGUUUAAUAUCAAGACAAUAUAGGUAUACGCGAAUGUAUUACACGUGGUACGAAGCACCGAAAAUAUACGAUUGAUCACAAAGUUAUAUGUACUUUUCACAACCAUAUUUAAAAUUAUCGCGACAAGUGUGAGCACAAAUAUAAAAAAAAAAAAUGCAGUAAACCAAAAUAUUUUUGAGCAAAUCCUGUGAACUCUUAAUUUUAUUAAAAGUACACGGGAAAAACAGUUUUGCUGAAAUACCUAAAAAUGUAUUUGGACACAGAAAUAAUAAAAAAUAAUUUUGUUGGGCCACCAAAAUAAUUAUGCGAGACGAUCAAGCGUGGUUGGCAAUGCAAUAAAAUGUUUUAACAUUUUAGCAAUCAGCUUGAACAUUCUACAUAAUUAUUUUGACAAUGUCUAACAAGAAAAAAUUAUUUUCAGAUUUGUAUCUAAUUAAAUUUUUAGAUGGUUUAGCAAAAAUCGUUCUUUGCAUGUAUUUUUGUGAUAUUUUCGGUGCCUGGUACAUAUGUAACAUAGAGAAUUUCCUGUAUGUAGCUAGCUACAACAUUACACAAAUUUCCUACUGGAUCAGGCGAUGUGUUUGGAUGUGUUUAUACAUAAUGUACGCGAGCAUAAUUGAUGUUGCGUUCAUUACCCUUUCCUAUAUGAAUGUCGAUGCGAAGGUACGCGCCUGAUGACUCUGGACUCUUUGGUUCUUGUAUAAUUAAUCUCUGAUUCGUAAUCAUCAGUAAUGCGUUUAGUUCAUUACCGCAAUGUAAUUAAUGUAACAGUUAUUAAUGGAACAGUAUUACUAUGAUUAGAAAAUAUACUAUAUAUAUAAUUCGAU